AUGGCACAUCAACGAACAAUUGACACUUUACUUUGCAUGCCGCAUACACUUGAAUCAAAAGCAGAAAUGCUUGCUGAAUUUCGUUGUAUUUUCAAUGAUAAUCAAGAGAUUCUCGUCCAGAUUGAUAACUUUGAAAAUACUUACCAUUCGAAUGCAGCUGUACAAUGGUACACACGAGAUUCUUUUGUUUGGAGAGCAAUUAAUCAAGCACUUCGAUCAAGUAAUGCUGACGCGAUGUUUAAACUGCGGUACAUUCUUACUGACAUUUAUGCUCAUUUGGAUGAAUGCUAUCGACAACUGUAUCGGUCAUUUCGAAUAUCAAAAGCGGAGACAUUUUAUCGUGGUCAAUUGAUGUCAAGAGAAGAAUUCGAUUUAUUUAAAGAACUUCGAGGUAGUAUCAUUUCGAUAAACACAUUCUUAUCGACGACAGCAUCGAUGCAAAUUGCACUAAUGUAUGCGGGCAAAUAUCAUGAAAAUUCAAAUCUGAUCUCAGUCGUAUUUAGCAUUGAAACAAAUUCAGCGACGCUUAUACGUCCAUACGCUAACAUUUCUCAUUAUUCAAUGUUUAACGAUGAAGAAGAAACUCUUUUUGCUAUGGGUUGCGUCUUUCGCAUAGGCAAUAUUCGUCCACUACCAAAUGCAGACAACGUGUGGGUUAUAUAUUUACAAACAGUGGAUAAAUAUGAUGAUCGAUUCAGUAGAAUUUCUUCGGCAACUCAGUAG